AUGCGCGUAGAUACGGUCCAGCAAACAAUCGAGGAGAUUUGUGGUGGAACGGUCACAGUACACACAGAUGCGAACUUGCUUACCGGCCGUGAAUCGACCUACCAUUUCAUCGCGAUCUCCGAUGCACAUCAUUUUACCCUCGAAGAGACUGAUACGUGGAUAUGCUUCAUCCCAAAAGAGCGGGAUCAGUCGAAAUGGGAUCUCUACUACGUGUUGCUGAUAGCAUACGAUGAACACCAUAUCGCCGAGCGUUUGGGCGUUGGUAAAGUUAAUAAGAACGUUUUCGCCAUCUCUUGUGGCGCAGGCCCAGAGUAG